UUUUGACAGUUUGCUGUUGUUUGUAAUCUCGUUUACGUUUGCGGUCAGCUCUUCCUCGGGUGAUUUUGCACAAAUUUGUGAAUUUUUAGUCGAAAAAACGGUGUUUUAGUGGAAAUUUCAUCGAAAGUGCAAGUUAAUUCUAGUUUUCUGUUUCGGCAACAGUUUCUUCAAAACAAAGAGCAUAGCGCCAUGGUUCAGAUUGAGGAUUUCAAGCUGUCCAGCGAGUUGGUCGGACACAAGCUGGAUGUGCGCUCGGUGGCCGAGGGGAAAGGCUUCAUCGUGUCUGGCUCGCGCGAUAAGACGGCCAAGGUGUGGACGUUGUUGGACGACGGUCGGUACAGCGAAACGGAUACGCUGACUCACCAUACGAAUUACAUCGGGGCCGUUUUGGUGGUCGAGGAGAACGACUGGAUUUGCACGGCGAGCAACGACGGGACGAUCUGUGUGUACAAGUAUCCGGCGGCAGCGAAGCUAGCACCGUUGGUAGUACUCAAAGGGCACACUUCGACGGUUUGUGCGUUGGCCAAAGGAAAUGCGGGCAAUGUGUUGAUUUCCGGAAGUUGGGACAAGAGCGCUAAGAUCUGGACGGAUGUUGGCUCGUCGCUUACUAGCUUGACUUUGGUAGGGCACGAAGCUGCCGUGUGGGCCGUGGGAAGAUUGUCAUCGGGAAAGUACGUUACGGGAUCGGCUGACAAAUCAAUUUUUGUUUGGAACGAGAAAGGCGAGAAGCUGGUGGUGUUGAAGGGUCACAAGGAUUGCGUCCGAGGCUUGUGUCCGUUGCCUGGUGGUGGCUUCUUGAGCUGUUCAAACGAUGCGACUAUUCGGCACUGGAGUGAUACGUACGACUGCGUCAAAGAAUUCCAUGGCCACACCAACUACAUCUACAGCAUAUGCCGGAGCGAUUUCUGGGGAGAGGACAUUUUCUUCACUGGCGGAGAGGACAGCUCGAUUCGAAUGUGGAGUUUGAAGGAAGGAGCUUUGGGGGAAGUACUGCAGUUGCCCGCCCAAUCGGUGUGGUCCGUGGCGGCACUUCGGAAUGGUGACAUUGUGGCCGGGUCAAGUGACGCGAUGGUACGCGUCUUCACAUCCAGCAAAGAUCGGGAAGCCCCUUCAGAUGUUCAAGAUGCGUUCAAAUUGAGCGUUGAAGUGAGAGUUCAGGAGUCUUCCAAACAGCUCGGCGGUAUGAACGUGAAUGACCUGCCCGGGCCGGAAUCGUUGCUGUCGGAGGGUCGUGAGGGCCAAACCCGGAUUGUCCGUCAUGCUGAUGGAAAAAUCUUGUGCUAUCAGUGGGGCAAUAACAAAUGGGAAUGCGUUGGGGAUGUUAUGGGGGCCACCGGUGGCGACACCGGAAAAAGGCUCUACGAAGGACGUGAAUAUGAUUAUGUAUUCUCGGUGAAUCUCUCGGACGACGACCCAAACCUGAAGCUACCCUAUAACCGGGGAGAAGACCCCUGGUUUGUCGCCCAACGGUUCAUCCACAAGCACAGUCUCCCCCAGGCCUAUCUAGACCAAGUGGCCAACUUCAUCAUCAAAAACUCCGACAAUACUCCUGUCCAGGCUUCCUCAACUUCUUCAAGCUCCUACGAUCCAUUCACCGGAGCGGCUCGCUACGUCCCAGGGUCGGGAACCAGCUACCAACCCAACGUGGCCAAUACGGAUCCAUUUACCGGUGGUUCUAGCUACACCACGCAGACUCCGAAUGUCGGCGGCGUGGUAGCCGGCAACGGAACAGGUGCCGGUAAUGCAGAUCCAUUCACGGGUAGCUCGAGCUACUCGACCGGAUCCACCGAGGUAAAGAAGACGAACACACAUUUUCCCAACCGGCAUUUCGUGACAAUGGAAACGGCCGACCUUUCGAAGGUCCUGGUGAAGUUGAAAGAGUUCAACGGAAAAAUCGAAGACAAAAGCCUGCAGAUGUCGGACGACACUCUGGAUGACAUUGUUCGUUACGUCGGAGAAGUGAGCCAGGUAUCGGAGCAAAACUCGGUUUGCCUGACUGCCCUCAAGUAUCUCUACAACUGGCCAACGGAAAACCUCUUCCCGGUUCUGGACAUCACUCGACUGGUGGUGCGCGAUCCCAAGGCAUGCCAGGAACUGUUCGAGGGUGACUUCAUGAAGACCCUGCUGCAGCACAUCAACCAUCUGCCGGCAAACCAAAUGAUGGGAACACGCUGCUUCGUCAAUAUGAUCUCGCAUCCGGCUGGGCGGACCAUCGUCACGGAACACAUUCGGCCGAUCGUCGAAAAGCUGUCACCGAUCAGGAAGGGCAGCCCCAACCUGCAGAUCGCCCUGGCCAGUUUCUAUCUGAACUUGACGAUGACCCAGCUCGAUAAGCCGUCGCUGGAUUUCUGCAAGGUGUUCUCGGAUGCGGUGAGCGAGUUCCUGGACUGGGCCACCGAUUACGAGGCCAUCUACCGGGGCUACCAGGCGUUGGGUAAUCUGAUGUCCACGCCGCAGGGUUCGCUGGUGGUUAAUCAUUUACGAAACAAUAGCGCACUGAUCGAUAAGAUUCUGGUUAGCAUUAGCCACGAGGUGAGCGGAUUCGCCAAACUGAACGAGUGCGCCAGCUACCUGUACGAAAUGCUGGCUUAAGACUGCGCUGUGGGAGGGACAUUCUUGGAUUGCGUCGAUUGAACUUUUGAAAUUAGCCUUUUUUAAUGUAGACCAUUGAAUUGAUGAAGAAUAAAAUGAGUUCGACAGAUGAA